GAAAAAGAGAGAGACAGAGAUAUAGGUGGUAGUAGCAGCAGAUUCUGAACAUAACAGUCAGUAGUAGUGAGGUUGUUUCUCUAGCAACCUCUCAUCUCUCACACAGGACUGAUAGAUGAAAUAGAUUGAUACUGUGUUGAUCCUCCAGGGGAAAUCCAGUCAGGACCAGAAACAGUGGGAGCUCUGUAGACAGCUUAUGUAGACAGACAGCUGAUCUCUAUAGAUUUCCAGGUUAGUCAGGUCAGUCUCUCUGAGAUAGAAUCUCUUCUACAAGAGCAACCAGGGAAGUGAAAAAGAAGGCGCUGAUCUGAAGAGAGGAGUCUUUCUGGUCGGUGAGAGAGAGCGAGAGAGAUGGGCAUCCCCCUGCCUGGUUGUGUGUCCCUGACCCCCCUGGUCUUGACCUUGACCCUCACCCUGCUGCUGGCCCUCAGACUGGACCACCUGGUGGAAGCAUGCAGCUGCAACCCAGCCCACCCCCAGCAACACUUCUGCAGCGCUGAGAUAGUGAUCAGAGCAAAGGUCUCUGGGGAAAAGGUUGUGUCUCCUGGCAACAGCACUUCUCCUUACCUGAAGAUGAUCCAAUAUGAGAUCAAACUGAUCAAGAUGUUUAAAGGCUUUGAGAAGGUGAAGGACAUCCAGUAUGUGUACACACCUGUCUUCUCCUCCCUGUGUGGAGUCAAACUAGACUCCAACAAGGUCCACUACCUGCUGUCAGGUAGUAUGUGGAGUGAUGAGAAGGUGUCCAUUGGACUGUGUGAUCUGGUAGAACCCUGGGACAACCUGUCCAUGUCGCAGAAGAAGAACCUCAACUACAGAUACCAGAUGGGCUGUGACUGCAAGAUUGCUACCUGCUACUCAGUGCCUUGUGCCACCACUACGGAUAAUGAGUGUCUUUGGACUGACUGGCUGCUGGUUAACAGUCUGAGUGGGGAGCAGGCCAGACAGUAUGCCUGCAUCAAAAGCUCAGACUCGUCCUGCAACUGGUACCGGAGCAGCCCACCACCAGAGAAUGACUUCAUGGACAUGUCAGACCCCUGAGAGGGGUAGGAUUGGGGUUAGGGAGGUGCUACUUUACUCCAGGACAGAGAGAGAAGAGGGGUAGGGGCACUGAGUACUACUGCUGCAUUCAUGUGCUACUUGGAAAUUCAUACAUGCUUGACUGGGAAACUUGAGUCGCUGUUUUCUCAUGGAAUUAUCAAUAUUACAGUUUCCAACAUCCAAAACAACGUUUAGUAGGAUUGCUGAGUUUCUGAUUUUCAGAGGAGCACAUGAUCGGAGCACCAGACACAGAAUAUCUCUUCCUAUUUCCUGACUAGUUCUCCAGAGUCCAGAGGCUCCUUGUAUCUCCUACUCCCUCUGAUUUAGGGAUGAGGUCUGUCCUGUCACUAUGUAUGUAUGACUAUGAAGCUAACAACAGACCUGCAUCCUAUGCUAGCUUGCUACCGAUGGCCUGGCUAGCUGUCUAAUUCGCCGUGACCCCCAACCAA